CGAGAGAAACAACAACAGUAGGAGAACGAAUUUACAAAACGUGGUGCUUAGUUUGUUUUGCUCGUAGAAAGCGAAAAGUUUUUACAUCAAAAGCGGGGCGAAAGGCUUGUGUAUUUGCAUUUGGGGGUGUUUAUGAACUCGGAGUCAUAGUUUGGAAGUAAUUCGGGUUGGUUUACGUAGAGAAACUGCUGGAAAAUGGCUGAUACCUUCCCAACUGCAACGACCCUGCAACCGAGGUCUCCACAGAAAAAUGGACAAUCGCAGACCGAUGGGCAUGUGGACAAUCAUAAGCAGAAGCAGAAGAAAGUCAAAACUUCACAUGAUAACAGCAAAGAGUUGAACGGCAUUAAAACGACGACGGAUAACCAGCUUUUCGUGAAAUCUGCGAAGGACAAACAGCACGAUCGGAAAUCACGAAGCGGACGAAAGGGGGAGCCGAAGAAAGGUGGUGCAGGUGGAAAAGGGACAUGGGGGAAACCAGGGGAAGUUUAUGAUGAUGUGGACAUGGUAAAUGAUGAACAAGACCCAAACUAUGACUCCGAGGAAGCCGAGGAACCAUAUCUUGAAGAACUUAAGCCAGAAUUAACCGAAGAGGAAUUUAUCAAAUUUGUGGAGCCUAUUAUUCAGGAAUAUUAUGAGCAUGGUGACACAGAAGAAGUUAUUUUAUCCUUGAAUGAACUGAACAUCCACACAUCUAUGAAACACAAGACCCUAGCAUUGGCAGUGACCCUUGCAAUGGAAAAGAAGGAUGCUCAAAGAGAAAUGGCAUCCAUUCUGAUAUCUGAUCUUUAUGGUGAGGUCGUGACAGAAGAUGAAAUCUCCCAAGCGUUUAUGGACGUUUUGGAUGAUUUGGAAGAUGUCACCCUGGACACCCCUGAUGCCCCAGAAGUGUUGGGGAAGUUCAUAGCAAGAGCUGUGGCAGAUGAUUGUCUUCCUCCAGCAUUUGUGAAGAACUACACCGAGGACACUGGUGCCGAAUCACUUCAGAGAAAAGCGUUGAGUCGAGCUGAUGUGUUGCUCAAGAUGAAACAUGGUAUGGUGAGACUCGACAAUGUUUGGGGCGUUGGAGGUGGACGGCGACCAGUGAAACAACUGAUUAAGAAAAUGGUGUUGUUGUUGAAAGAGUAUCUUUCUUCUGAAGACAUCGAAGAGGCCAGUCGUUGUUUGGAGGAACUGGAGGUGCCUCAUUUCCACCAUGAACUUAUCUACGAGGCCAUGGUCAUUUUGCUUGACAAAGAGGACCAAAGAGUUGGAAAGAAAAUGGUGAAAUUGUUCAAAGCGUUUACUUUGAGUAAUAUUGUCACACCUGAUCAAUUCACUUCGGGAUUUGAACGAAUCUAUCGUUCGAUGGAGGAUCUGAGUCUGGACUCACCUCACGCGUAUCAGAUUCUGGAGUCUUUCUGCAGCGAUUGUCUUCGGGAGAAUGUCAUCACUGAAGAAUUGAAGAGAAAAAUGCCGGCAAGGGGAAGAAAGAGAUUCGUCAGUGAGGGUGACGGUGGUGCGCUGAAGCAUUAACCUUCCCCUGCAAGCUGAAAACCUGGUUACCCACUCUUUAGG